GGCGCCCGAGGCGGCUGCCCGGCGGUCCUGCGGCUUUCCGUCCUGCCGCUGCGGGCCGCGGGGCGCGGCCAUGUCCCGAAAGCAGGCGGCGAAGAGCCGGCCGGGCAGCGGCAGCCGGAAAGCCGAGGCCGAGCGCAAGCGGGACGAGCGGGCGGCGCGCCGGGCCCUGGCCAAGGAACGGCGGAACCGGCCGGAGUCCUGCGGCGGCGGCGGCGGCUGCGAGGAGGAGUUCGUCAGCUUCGCCAACCAGCUGCAGGCCCUGGGGCUGAAGCUGCGGGAGGUGCCGGGGGACGGCAAUUGCCUCUUCAGAGCUCUUGGUGAUCAAUUGGAGGGACACUCACGAAAUCAUCUCAAGCACCGACAGGAGACAGUGGACUACAUGAUAAAGCAGCGGGAAGAUUUUGAACCCUUUGUAGAAGAUGACAUUCCUUUUGAGAAACAUGUGGCCAGUUUGGCAAAGCCUGGUACAUUUGCUGGCAAUGAUGCAAUUGUCGCCUUUGCAAGAAAUCAUCAAUUGAAUGUGGUGAUUCAUCAACUUAAUGCCCCUUUGUGGCAGAUCCGUGGUACAGAGAAAGGCAACGGGCGGGAGUUGCACAUCGCGUAUCGGUACGGAGAGCACUAUGACAGCGUGCGGAGGAUCAACGACAACUCAGAAGCACCUGCGCAUCUCCAGACUGAUUUUCAGAUGCUUCAUCAAGAUGAAUCAAAUAAAAGAGAAAAGAUCAAGACAACGGGAGUGGAUUUUGAAGACGACCUGCGAGAUGAAGUAGAAGAUGCUGUCCAGAAGGUUUGCAAUGCGACUGGAUGCUCAGAUUUUAACUUGAUAGUCCAGAACCUGGAAGCAGAAAAUUAUAAUAUUGAAUCUGCAAUAAUUGCCAUGCUUCAGAUGAACCAGGGGAAAAGAAAUAAUGCAGAGGAGAACCUUGAGUCUAGUGGCCGAGUGCUGAAGCAGUGUGACCCUUUAUGGGAGGAGGGUGGCAGUGGCAGCAGAGUCUUUGGAAAUCAGGGCUUAAAUGAAGGCAGGACCGAAAACAAUAAGGCACGGGCCAGCCCUGGCGAAGAAAAGAAAGCAAAUAAAAACCAGCUCCCAAAGGUCACAAACAAACAGAGGAGAGAGCAGCAGCGACUAGAGAAGAAGAAACGACAAGAGGAGAGGCACCGUCACAAAGCCCUAGAGAGCAGGGGUAGCCACAGGGACAACAACAGAAGUGAAGCAGAUGCGAACACGCAGGUCACCUUGGUGAAGACCUUUGCUGCUCUCAACAUCUGACUCUCUGGCCCUCUGGGAGGUGUAAGAAGUGAAUGGAAAAUGGAGUGCUGUGCACCAGGCUUUCCAGUGAGGCCGUCCUUUAUAGAACGAAACACAACCCACAAAGUCCACACAUAAGCUCACACUGAGUUAAUUUCCUUCAAGCUGCCUCUUUUUUGUUCAGAGUUUUGUUAGUGAUGUGUUUUAUUUUAUGAAAGUGCAGUGAAGCCAUUCACGUUCUGUAAUUUAAAAUAUCGAGUUUUAGGGGUUGAUAGUUAGGUCGGGAAAAAUCUUUUGAGCGUGGUUUUAUUUGCCCAGAAAAUUGGAGUUCAGUGACCCAAAUGCUUAACACUUGGGUUGAGUAAUUGUUCAUGAAGUAGUUUAGAUUAGUUGCUAGAAAUUCAGAAUGACAAGUUUCCUUUGUUUCUCUUUCAUUUUCAUAUAGAUAUUGAUAUACAGGAUGGUUUAUAAAUGAUCUCCAACUCAGGAACAUGUUUAGAUUUAGUUUUCUUCUAAUCCAAGUUAAUCAGAAAAUAAUUCAGGAAGUGUUUUCCCAAAGUGAUAUCAUAUGAGGGCUGUGGCCUGUAGUCAGGGUGGAAAUUAAACAGCUAUAUUUCUCUCCUUACUGAUGCUGAUGUUAUUUCAGAUGGGAUAUAGGUGCUGUUGGUUCGUUUGUACUCAAGCCAUAUGAUAAAUGCACCUGACUGUUAAUUAGGCCUGGACUUUGCUGAAAAUUGAUAGUGUUAUUGAGUUUUUGGUAGUCUUUUUUUGACAAUGAGAAGAAGCUGUGUUAUUGCUUAUGCCGUUCAGGGAUUCUGAUAGUAUGGAGAGCAGAAUCCCUAGUUGUAAAGGGAGAAAUUGAGGGAUUUCUGAGUUUUUGCCUAGGAAGAGUCUAAAGAGUUAUUUGAUUUUGUAGGGGAAGAAUGUCUGGAAGAAUAUCUAAGGUUUUUCAUGUUCAUAGUUUAAGUAACUAUUUUCUUCCCUACUAUUCUAGACUUAGAAAGAGGCCUUCAGAGAAAUAAAAGGUAACUUGAUCUGUUGAAUUUUCUUAGUAUUGUGAAGAUGAAAUUCCAUAAAAUGCUGCAUUUAUUUCUUUUUAUUUAAGCUACUAUUUGGGAUUUUGGUGUUUGAAAAACUCUCCACCACCUGCUAGAAGUUGUCAGUGACUUAGGUUAGACCAACAGGGCAGAGAACAUACUUCGGCUAAGGCCUUUGAGUGACUCCGCAGUUCUGCAAUGGACGGAUCUGGGCAGUGGAGAGAUGUCAUUCCUAAAUCUGAGUUAGGGAGUGUGAACUAUAAUGUGUGAAGUAGCCAGUCUUGUACAGUCUUUGCCUUUUGGGGACCUGAUAUUUGGACGAUUAAAAUAUGCUGAAUCAAAAGGUAAAUUAUUAUCUCUCCCACCCCUCAAAUUUCAAAAGUAUAAAAGUUCUAAGGUGAAAGGAAAACUAUAAAAAAGUUUUGACAUGUGUAGAUGUAUCGUUGUCUGGGCUGGCCCUGGAUUCAUUGAAUUGUCUUUAUUAGCAGGCACUUUGCUUUCUUUGGUUUUAAUAAUGUGUUUUAAUUUUUUGUCUGUUUGACUUGGGUGACUGUUUGUGGUUGGAGCGUCAGUAGUCUCUUGGAGUGGCUCCCAGGGCAUUGAGGUUUGGGCUUCUUCCUGGUGCAGUGCAUUGUAAUAUUUAGCAGACUUGGAAACUGCAUCGCAGUUGUCCUCUGCACAUCACAGGGUCCUGAGUUGGAGGCUCUAGCAGUCAGUCCAAACAUGGGAAGGUCUCCGUUGCCUUACUGUCUCCGAGGGACCGAGGGCCAGUGCGUUAGGAUCUGCUGUUCUCUUUGCUUUCAGCUCUGGGCAGAUUCCAUGGCUGAGCUUCUGAAUGAACACUCUUUCUUGUCUGUUUUCUACUGUGAGAGUACAGGAGACCAGAUCCUCUCAGAAAGAUCGUGUACCAGAAAUUCAGGAGAAUUAGGAGUCAGAAAUAGCUCAAGGGAGCCUCAUUGUCAGAAGUAGUAGAAUUGCUUUGUUUACUUGGUGAGUGAAGGUGGCCUUGGGCCCUGUUAGGUUUUUGAAGUUUUAAAAGCUGCUAGAGUUAUUAAAGAAUAUUGGGCACAUUUAUUUAUAAAUUACCUGAUUCUGAUAACGGACUUCAGCAUUUCUGGGGUAAAAUAACAGUGGUUUUAAAAACUAAUCAAAUGGCUUCAGUAAUUUUCUUUUAUUUCCGUUUCAUAGUUUUCCAGUUCUCUGUUCAGUAUAUUAAUUAUUAGAAAUGGGGUGUACGUAUCCAACUUUAGUGAUAUCUUCUAGCUAACAGUUGAAUUUAGACUUCACUGCCUCAGUCUCAGCGAAGUAUGAGGUAGAUGGCAUCCAUAUACUCAGUUGCCUUACUAGGCACUUGAAAAUUACUGUAUUGGCAGCCACAUGGAGGCCCAGUGUGUUUAGUUCUGGGAUGGCUAUUGUCGGUAACUUUGACCUAGUACAGUUACUCCUGCACACUCCCUAUGAGGAGGUGAACCUCUCUUCAGCUCUGAGUUACAUCUUGGCCUUUAGAGGUUUAUGUUACGUGGGAUUGUCUCCAUAUCUUUUAGUGAGGCCAGGAGAACGGGGUGGGGCGGUGGGUCCGUAGCUGCUUACUGCUCUUAUAAACUGUAUAUAAAGGUUUUAUGGAUUUUAAAAAAAGAUUUUUUAAGGGUCAAAAUAAGAAAUAAAAUUUUAGUGGCAACAGCUUUGUCCUAGAGAGGUAGAUGUAUUAAAGCAACAUAGAACCACAACUUCUAAGUAAUAUAGUUGCCACCAGGAGAUUUUAGAGAGUAGAAUGUAUAUGUAUAUUUAAUUUUUCAAUAACACAAACAUGGACUUUCAGGAGCAAAGUCUGGUUGAGGAAUUGUGGCAGAAAGAAGAAUCUUCCAUUUAGUUGAGGUUGUCUGUAGUUUCUUUUAUAAGCUCUAAGAACACUUCCAAACUCAUUUUGAUUCCGAGGGCUCAUGAAGUGGGGUCUCCCUCGUGGGGCAGCUAGAGCUGGACUCCAAGGGAACGUUUGUGUUGGAAAUUGAUAUCACUCUGCCCUGCUUCCCUGUGGAGCUUUUACAAUGUGAAAUGACGCGGUUGAGGGGGUGGGAGGAGGGCCGUGUAGGUGGAGAGAGCUGCGCACAUGUUGAGUAGGUAGGUAGCAGAGGGACAUGGCGUUGAACUGUACUCGUCAUGAGUCCCUGUCAUCAGUGUGCAGUCUCUCUCAUUCUGAGAUGCUCUCUAGACUCUGCCUGGGUUUUACUGGGUCAACACAGAAUGCUGUCAGUUUACCUCUGUGAAACGUUCAACUCCCAUAUGCAGUCUGUUAGAGGAAACCUAGAUUCCUAGUCAGAGCUGACGGAGUCCCUCUGCCCAGAAGGGUCUUUUGUGGGCAGGCUGGGAAUGGAGCAUCGUGGUAUCAGUGUGUCACGUCUGUGGCCCUCUCUGACUCCGAUGUUGGGUAGAUGCAUAGCUCUUCACCUUUUUACCUCAAGGCUCUUGUCUCUCUGUAGCAAACCGUUAGAGUCUGAUGCAGUUUUCCUCUUUCGCCAUUCUCAUUAUGCACAGUGUCCUUCAUCUCAGCUUUCAGAACAGGUGUUGCUAAAACUCCGGGGCCUUCUGACAGUUGUUCUGAGGGGCUUUAAUAAUGGCACUGUUUACAAGGUGUGUUUUCCUGACUAAAGCAAAUUGUAUUUUUCCACUGAUGUCGUUGAAGAUCUAGAUGGCAUAUUUAAAUUAUGGCAAAUCUUCUGCUAUCCCAGAUUAGAGGGGGAGGUAGAUAAUUGGCUUGAAGUGGAGAUAUUGAGCCCCACUCACAAAG